AUGACAAAAGGUAUAAAUGAUGGCCUAAAUUCUCCAUUUUUCAUUGAUUCCAAUGCAGUUGAGUGCUUUUCAAAUACUUCAGCUGAGUGCUAUGAUUUAUUUACCAGAGAAUUAAUUUUACCAACAUUGCAGAUCUGCGACAAUAUUUUACCAAAAAUUAAAUCAAAUUUAGUGGAUAAGCUUAUUGAAGCUUUAUUAAAUAUCAUCAAUAAAUUGCCAAAAGAGGAAAUGGGAGCUGCUAUAAAAAGAGUCCUUUCUUAUGUAGACAAUGAAUUAAAAAACUUGAAUAUUGAUGAUACUGCAGAAUCUAGACAAAAAUACUCAAAAUGUGUUAUUAUUUGGGCGUCUGCAUUGAAUUCGUUGAGCAGGCAACUUAGAUUAUUAUAGAGUAGCUCCUGGCCGCCAUGUCGGUUUUCACCCUUUGCUCUGCUCCACCCUCUUGCUUGCCAAUCUGAGAGCACGGCCUAAAGGUAUGUGUUAUUCCUUUCGCAACUCGAGAAUUAGGAAGCUGAAUUACCGUGCUAUACGCCAAUAAGACUACCUAUAAGAAAAUUUGGAAAGCGAAUUUUCUGGUCAAGCUAUCGAUUGAGAUAAAGCUUGUAGCCUACGGCACAACUCCCAGUAUCGUAUGGGUUUUUGCCAGGUUGGCCAAGCGAAUGCCCUCUGGCCAUUGGGCUAUCCUUUCAACAUCCUAGUCCCAAUCCCCUCGAGGUAAAGCCUUGCCCUGGAUAUAAGACUGCAGUGGGGCAGCCCGACAUUGCCCUCCACUAAAUCAAGUAAAGCCCAGCCGAGCACUCUAGCCGACCGCUGCUCCCCUUCAUAAGGUCCCCAGACUCCCGUCUAGCUUUAUAUAUUAAGAGGACAUUAUUUCUCCAUGCCAUUUUAAGUGUGCCAAUUCUUGAGCUCAAUAGACAGUGGAUUUUUAAACGAAGUUUUAGGAGAAAUGGUAACCCAAGCUUUAGAUAUUAUUUGUAGAGGACUUCUGUUAUAUAGAAGCCAAGAUGGUGUAAUUGUAGCUGUAUCAUUAUUUUUCAAAAGAAUUAUUAAAGCCUUCACAUGUUUCAGUGACCCUUAUUUCCCAAUCAUAGCAAAUUGUAUUUUACAGUGCUAUUCCCCAGGUCAUGAAGACUGUCUUGGUGUGAUUUCUAAUGCAAUUUCGAUAAUAGGAAAUGAAGCAAAUACUCGUGCAUGGCUAGAACAAAAUUACAUAAACUUGUUUGGACUGCUUAUAAGUUAUUUGGAAGCCAAGCCAGAGCCUGGGAUCAUCGUAGGGCUUUUUGAAAUCCAAACAAAACUAUAUGAAAGUGGAAAUCCUGCUUUAAACAAUAUUCAAGUGGUUAAUAAAACUUUAGAGACUGUCUGCAGACUUUUACCUAUCAUGACUGACAGAAAUCCUUGUAAGGCUGUGCUACAAUUUACACAACUUUUAUUUCAGCAGGAAGGUGAAGAAUGGAAACAAAUUUUGUUUCCAUAUGCAAGACUUAUGACCAAAGCAAUUUUAUUUGGACUUGGAAAUAUAUGGUUUUGUUAAUUAAAUUUAGAAAAAUAAGAUUAUAUAAAGUAUAUUCAGCUUAGAAGAGAAUAAACUCCAACACUUUUCUAAUUUUAGCUCUACUGGUAGACGCAUUGAAGGGAAAAUAUUUCCAGGAGUAUUAUAAUGGGGUAGUCGAAGGAUUGCAGUCUCCUCUAUAUGCGAACUUCAGUGAAAAAGAAAAAGAAAGGCUUUUAUACUGCUUUUUAAAUGCAGAAUCCUCACCCGCCAUCAUGAUGAUCAAGCAGUUUUUCUUCAACCUUGCCAAUAUCUUGAAAGGAGUUGGGACCUUUGAAAGCGUCAUAAUGACAGAAAUUGCUAUAGCAUCCAGUAAAAGAGCCGCAAAAGUAAUAGAUAUUGCUUAG